CAGCACCACAGUUUGACGUUGUCAUGUGAUACAAUGUUGCGGAAGUCCAGAUAUUACGUCUCGUAAAAUCAAGUAGCUGUGCAAAAAUAACCGAAAGCUUAAGCUAAUUAUCAAAUACAUCUUUUGUCGCCGUCAAACACGACCCAUGGUCAGGAUGACACAGAGGCACUGCCUGGAGGGCCAGGUAUACUCGGUGCCUCUCGUUCAGCCUGAGCUGAGGCGAGAGGAGGCUGUUCUUCAGAUUGCAGAUUCACUGCUGUACUUAGAGGUUAUUUCUACAGACAUUUUCAGAAGGGUCUCUGAAAGUGUAGAGAAGAACCGGCGCCAGCUGCAGAGCGUCUCUGACCGGAUCAGACUAGCUCAGGCCCGUGUUGACAAGAUUAAGGGCAGUAAAAAGGCCACCAAGGUUUUCUCCAGUGCCAAGUACCCUGCCCCAGACCGGCUCCAGGACUACUCCUCCAUCUUUACCGGAGCUGCAGAUCCUUCCUCUCAAACCCAGCCUCGCCGCAAGAUACAGAAUAAACUUCGGCCUUUUGAUGAGAAGGCCUGGCAGGAGAAGUUAACAUAUUUCCCAGUGUGUGUGAGCAAUAAGAAGAAGGCUGAGGAUGAGACAGAAGAGGGAUUGGGCAGUCUUCCGCGAAACAUCUCAUCCGUCAGCUCUCUGUUGCUCUUCAACACCACAGAGAACUUAUAUAAAAAGUAUGUGUUCCUUGACCCUCUGGCUGGAGCCGUGACAAAAACACACCAAACUCUGGAGACGGAAAAAGAGGAGAAACCAUUUGAUGCCCCGUUGUCGAUUACAACAAGAGAGCAGAUGGAGAGACAGACAGCUGAAAGUUAUUUUUACGUGCCAGACCUGGGUCAGGUGCCUGAGAUAGAUGUGCCGUCCUACUUGCCUGACCUUCCAGGUAUUGCAGACGAUCUGUCAUACAGCGCAGAUCUUGGACCUGGAUUCGCCCCAUCAGGACCCACUCUCAACAUCCCAGAGCUGCCCUCCUUCUCUGGGGAGGGCGUUUCACCAGGCCCUGAGCUCCAAAAUAAUCUUCCACCGCCCCCCCCCCCUCCCCCCCCCCCCCCCUCUGAGCCUGCCCUCCCUCCCACUGCUCCUUCAGGAGCUCCUCCUCCUCCGCCUCCUCCACCUCCUCCUACCAUAGAGAUCCCCGUGGAAGCUACUCCAACGCCAAGCUCAGGCCCUGUGUCUGGCGCGCCGAGCGAGGUGGUGCAGCCAUCAGAUGGGCGCGCCAGUCUGCUGGAGUCCAUCCGCAACGCCGGGGGCAUCGGCAAAGCCAAGUUACGUAACGUUAGUGAACGCAAGAUGGAGAAGAAGAAACAAAAAGAGCAAGAGCAAGCUGUUGGAGCAGCAUCUAGUGGUGGAGACUUUAUGUCCGAUCUCUUCAAUAAACUCGCCAUGCGCCGGAAAGGAAUUUCAGGGAAAGGCCCAGCAGGUGGAGAGUCGGCUGAAAAUCCCGCUGGUAGCGGAGGUGCAUUCGCCAGGAUGUCAGACGUCAUCCCACCCCCACCCGCCCCACAUUCAGCGGCGGAUGACGACGAUUGGGAAGCAUAACAUGGUGGACAGUGAUCGGCACGAAACAUACUUUUUUUUUUUUUUUAUUGAAGAACUGGCAUAUUAUUUACAUAACGUAAAAGACGUAAAUAGCCAAAAAGAAAUGGUAGCUGGCUAAAUAAUUUCACAAGACAUUUGCAGCUGUAAUGAAAUAAAUAUAACAGACUGAAAUAACUUCACAUUUUUAUUAAAUUCCAAAUAUCUAGAAAAACCUAUGAAAAAAACAUUUAGCGAGGAGGCUUUGAAUUACAUAGCACUGUCCUUAAAAUAUUUACAUUUUCUAGAAGAAGUCAUCAUUGCUGAGUCUGCCUAGUAGCAGUUAACAGAAACUAGCUUUCAAUCGCUAACAUGCUGACUAAAACCUGAGAACAUUUUGGUGAACAAUGGAGAACCUGACAUGUUUUAAAUGUAAAAUAAAGAGAACAUGAAAACAAAAA